UGUCCUGACACUGGGCCCCUUCUUCACACAAACACACCGGGACCCGCAGCGAGUUCCCAAGACCAUCACACAACUAUAUUGCUACUUUAUUUACAACAUCCUGAAAAACCACGGCCGUAAGAUUGAGAACCUCCGUGAGGUGUUACUGAGGGUUGGUCAGAUGGCCUUCACUGGAGUGGCUGAGAAGAACAUUGUGUUCACAGAUGGAGAUUUGAUCAAAUACAAUCUGCAGCCUUCCCAGUUCCUGUCCGGGUUCCUGAUGGAACUUUUGGAGAGAGAGGAUUCAGCCCGGAGCGUGGUGUACACCUUCCCGCACCUCACCAUCCAAGAGUUUGUAGCCGCACUCGCACAAUUCCUGACUGUAGAUCCCGGGAAUAUCGUGAAACUCCUGUCUGAAGCCCACAGCACGACAGACGGGCGAUUUGAAGUAUUUCUCCGUUUUAUCGCUGGUCUCUCCUCCCCACGGACAGCUUGGAUCCUGGAGGAGUUUCUGGGUAAAUUCCCUCAUCAAACAACCGGCCGAGUGAUUGACUGGGUGAAGGAGGAGGUUAAAUGCCGGGCUGGAAACACAGGGAGUGAAGCUGGUGAACGGAGCUUCCUGAACACGAUGCACUACCUGUUUGAGUCUCAGAAUCCUGUACUGGCUCAGCAGACACUGGGCUCUGUGGAAACAAUUUCAUUCAGUGGACUGGGACUGACCCCGAUUGACUGUGCGGUCCUGUCUCAUGCCAUCAGGCUCUGUGAUAUAAUCAAACACCUCGAUCUGGGGAACUGCCGCAUUCAGUGUGAAGGUCUCCAGCGGCUGGGACCGGUUCUGCACAAGUGUCAGGUCUUGGGACUGGGACACAACAAAGACCUGGGAGAUUCCGGAGUGAAACUGGUGUCUGAUGCUCUGAGGAACCGGCACUGUAAAAUACAGACACUGGGGCUGGACAGAGUCGGUCUCACAGAUUCUGGAGCCGAGUAUCUCGUCUCCGCUCUCAGUACAAACACCUCACUGACGGAGCUGUACCUGACAGACAACUCCCUCACAGACCGAUGUGUCCCCGCUCUCCGCCGCCUCAUACUGACCCUCCCGAGUCUGGGGCUGAUCUGGCUGGAGGAGAAUAGGUUCAGUGCAGACGGACAGAACCAGCUGAAGAGUCUGCAGGGAACCAGACGCGGACUGAGUGUGUACGUUGAACGUGUCUGGUAGUAAACGUCACCGCCCUGGGGACUGGAAUAUUGUUGGCCGAUUCCCUGCCCCUCCCCUUUGAACAGCCGCCCAUCCUCCCCUUUAAACCCCAACGCUUCCCGGGCCGGCCGGGCGGUGACAUCAGAGGCGACCCUGCCCGCUGUCACGUGACCCGGGUAUGUGGCGCUGCUGAUGCUACCAGGCCGGUGCUGCCCCCAGUGGGGGACGGGGGCAUUGCAGCCGGACCUGGAGGAACCCAGAUGUAACUUUAUCAUCAGUGGCCCCCGCUCCUGCUGUGGAUUAAUGGUGACAACAGCAGCAGCAACAGCAGCAGCAACAGCAGCUGCAGCAGCAACAGCAGCAACAACAGUAACAGCAGCAACAGCAACAACAACAGCAGCAGCAACAGCAGCAGCAACAGCAGCAGCAACGGCAA